GCAAUGUGUCCGUAAUUACACUCUGACUCUGGCGGGGCUCUGAAGGAAAGGUGUCCAACGGCACUUUUUAUUUUACUUGUCUCUAAACUACAAUGCCGAUAUCGGGACAAAUUAUCCGACUAUUUGUCAGGUCAAGAAUAUGUGGACAAGUUGCAACAGACCCUCCUUUUAUUACGGCGGACAAUGUUGAGCACUACCUGGCCACUGAUGACACACUAGUCCACUUCUUCAAUGACUUCCUGAGCUUGACGUCGUUCCCAGUGGCCCUGUCCUACAACCAGGACAGCGGUCUGUUUGAGGUUGAGACGGGAGCCGCUGAGCUUGUCUCCCGGAGGAUCUCGUCCGUACUGCAGGAGAGGACGUCCAGCGGGCUGUCAGAGGACCAAGCCUUGUUGGCCUUCAGCGGGUCCCUCGUAGACAACAACUACACCGUCCACUUCCUGGACAAAAUGCAGGGACUCCCGUGGAUCAUAGCAGAGCGUUUGCCAUUGUUUGUUCAAAGUGAUUGCUACUUUGAAUACAGACUAGCCAAACUGCUCUCUCAAUGGGAGCCGGGCCCCCGUGUGCGGAAGAUGGAUGACCACUCAUUUAGGGGCUCCCUGUCCGACCCGAGACCCCCCACCAGCAGAGGGGACGAGUCCAUGCACCGAUGCCUUUCAACGCCACCAGCCUCCCACGACUAUGGUCCGGAUGAAGUGGGGGGCCCGAAAACUCCAUCCACCCUCCCCUCCUUGUUUACCUCACCCCUAACCCAUGAUGACCUUCCAGCUGACCAGACCCUGUCAGCCCAGAGGCCGGAUCGGAUACUGUACCUGGAGGACUUUUUGAUUUUGGAGGAGGGUGAAGAGGACGAGGAGCAGGAAGUGGAGGAGGAGAUAGUAGUAGAAGAGGAUGAAGAGGAUAAGGAAAAUAUGGAGGAAGGGUACGAGGACUUAGCCAAGAAAAACGUCUUUGACAUUUGUUGCCAGGGCGCCCGUCUCCAUGGCGGCCGGCAGGGCCUGGAUGAGUUCAAGGAAUUCCUGCGGGACACUCCUGGUGAGAGAGUCUUCCAUCUGUGGAUGGACAUUGAGCGGCUGACCAGUACCCAGCACUGGGAGAGGAAGGACAGACAUUUGGUGCUGAUGAGAAGUCGAUACAUGCAGAGCAGCAGCCAGUGCAGCCUCAAUGCAGAGCUGCUCUUUCGACUGGGGCUCACCACUCCCCCCUGCUGGACAGAGGAGAAACUGCGCCAGGUUCAACCUCGUCUCACCGAGGCGCUCCUAUGCUACUGGGCCCCCAGGUUCUGGAUGUCCCAGUGGACCCAGGAAGACAGCGAGGGGCCUGCCGCUCUCCAAGGGCCAUGCACGGAAAGAGAGUGUUUCCCCAGUACAAGCAUGGAGCGAAUGCUACAGGCCCUCCACGCAGACUCCCACGCUGGACUCUACUUCACCCACUUCUGUGAAGACUCUGGAAACCAACUCUGGGAGAACGCUGUCCAUUUCUGGAGUGACCUGCAGCGAUACCACCAGCUGUUCUACCAGGACAGUCUGGACCCAUACACAGUACAGAGACAAGCACAGCAUCUGUUCUCGAGGUUCCUGAGCGGCUCGGCGUGGGCGUCCGUGGGCGUGGCGGAGGACCAGAGGCUGGGGGUGUACGAGUGUCUGCGGCCCGCCUUCGAAGAGCUCUUCGACCAGGUAGAGGAGCACAUCCUGGACCUGCUUCUGGAGCCCUGGACCCUGCUGGUCACCAGAGACACGCUGUCCUACCAGACGGUGUGUGUGCAGGAGAAGGUGCGUCAGCUGGACAAUGCAGAGUUCAGGGAGCUGCAGGUCCUGCAUGAGGAGACACAGCUCAGACUGAGGGAGCAGGCCCGGCCCCCCUCAUCUCCCUGCCCUACCCCUCCACCCUCCGCGGGCCCCCCAAUGCAGCCCAACCCAUGGGCCAAGGUCUUGCCGCGUUACCGUGGUUACCGUCUGGGCUCCCUGCUCCGCAGCAGCCGGGAGAUCCAGCAUUUCAACUCCUUUCUGGAGCAGCAGGAGGCCAGCAUUCACCUGCGCUGCUGGCUGGACCUGGAACAGUACAGACGGACUUCUCACCGAGACAAGGUGACCCGAGAGUGGAGGUCAUCUGAAAUCGCAGACAAAUACCUCAACAGGAAGUACUUCCUGGGACCCGACAGCCCGGCUACAGCGGUCCAGCGGAACGAGAUAUUACACCGUGCAGGGGGACAAGAGAGGUUAAAGCGGGAGUGUCUGUCGGACACUCUGGUCGGGGAGAUCCAGGCCAUCGUCAGGACCCAUAUUGAACAAACAUGGCUGCCUCUUUUCCUGGCCACCGAAGAAUUCAUUGAAAGACAGAACGACAAGCUCCAGGCAGCUGCCGGGCCUUCAGAGCGGGAUAACCACAAAAAGAAGAGAGCAUCCAGGAAGUCCAGCUCAGGCCUGUGGAUGAGUUCCUCCAAGGAGAUCCUGGUCCUGCGCCGGGUGCUCCUCAGCCCCACGUCCUGCGGACACUUCCGGCGCUUCGCCGCCCUACAUGGGAACUUCCUGGAGAACGAUGUGCUCUUCUGGCUGGAGGUCCAGAAGUACAAGGACCUGUGUCACUCCCACAGUGAUGAAGCGACCAUCCAGAGGAAGGUGUCCAACAUCAUCAGCUGCUUCAUCAGCUCCAGCGUGCCCCCCGCCCUGCAGAUAGACAUCCCCCCCGGGCAGGCCUGCAGCAUCCUGGAGAUGCGCAAGACGCUGGGCCCCUACAUCUUCAGGGAGGCUCAGAUGUCCGUGUGCUCCGAACUACUGAAGCUGUGGCCAGACUUCCAGGCUCUGAGGAGCAGCGUCCGUGAGGAGCAGCUCCACUCCGUGCUGGAGGAGCAGGAGCAGAAACACAGAGCCAGCCUGCAGCGACGCAGGAGGAGGCAGGCCAAGUUGGAGCAGAAGAACGCACAGGAGAGACAGCCGAGUUCAACAGAGGACGAGGAGGAGGAGGACGACGUUGAGGAGGAAGACGACAAGUCGGACGGUGACAAAGAGGACCGGCUGACCGACUUGAGCCAAGCGCUUCAAUUUCCCAGGCAGCAGUUGUCGUGGUCCUACUCCAAGUACAUGAGGGCGCUGAAGAGAACUGAAGAGGAGCUACAGCCCAGGAGAAAGGGUCAGCAGGAGAACACAUCAUGCUCCACCACGGCCUCAGACUCCUCCUCCUCCAGGAGCAGCAUCGACUCAUUGGUCAGCCGACGCAGUCCCAAGCAUUCCUCGCGCUCAUCCCUCCAGCUGAGAACGGAGCGGGUCAAUGGAAGCCCACACGCAGGGCCUUGUUCUUGACGGCGGUGAACUUGCUGGUGAACACGGCGGCGGAGGCGGGCUCCACCAGGUAGCGGUAGGACUUGGUGGGCGAGGGCGGCGGCUGCGCCAGGGUCACGGGGGGCUGCAGCUGGAGCGAGACCCCCGACGGAGACAGGUAGUUGGAGGCGCGCGUGACGUAGUCGACCAGCCGCUGGUACUGCUGCUCCGAGAGACGCUCGCGCACGCUGUCGCCCUGGGGGGAGGUGGGGGUGAGAGAUGUCCCUUUAGUGAGGAGAAGGCCCCCGCUCCCUGGAGUGGCCUCCACUUAAUGAGCUACGUAGAGGUCGGUAACCCCGCCCUCUUCAUUUCUGUGAGGGGACAGUAUGUAGCACUUGACCUGCUAAAUAAUGAAUGUUUAAACGGUCUCAAGUCUCAACCUGGUUCACUUUAGUUGCAUCACAGCAACGAGUCCAAUCUGCUACACACUUUGUCCACAGGAAUGAAUGAGUCUUUAAAGCAGGACUCACCUCAGUGUCGCUGCUCACGGUCUGCUGCUGUAAGCUGAGGAUCAGCUGGCCGGGCUCUCCCAGCUCCUGUCUGCACUCCACCUGCAGUGACACCAACACAUAGAGUUUAUUAAAGCAGGUUCAACAAGU